GCAUGCGCACACCAUAGUUUGUCUGCGUGUCAUGUUGAACGUUAGAGCUGGAGAGCUGUAGUCAACAUGUCCACCACCGCAGCUCCCCAAAACAAUAACGAAGAGUCUGGGCUUCAAGGCUCCUGGGUAGAGCUGGAACUGAACGGGAAUACAGGGGCCCAGGUCAGCCAAACCAGCCUCUCAACAUCACCUGCUGCUGACCAAAUGAACGCAAACGUGGCCAUGAGUCAAUCCCUCCAGAACCUGGAAGUGGCUGAAACGGAUGAAUCUCUGAUUGGAGGACUAGAACAUGUGCCAUCAUCCUCCUCUAUCCAUAAUGGAGACAUGGAAAGAAUUCUCCUGGAUGCACAGCACGAGUCCAGUCCAAGUAGCUCCUCCUGUGAUAGUCCUCACAGGCCACCGAGUCCAGAGCAGGAUGAUGGACAAAUUACAUUUGAUGUGGAGAUGUCCAGUCCCAGAGGUAGUCAGUCAGAGAUAGACUAUGCAGAGAAGGACAGAGAGGAUGAUAUCUUGAUGAACAAAGAAAUUGAUUGGGUUGCUGACUGGUCGAGCAGACCUGAAAACAUUCCACCAAAGGAGUUCGUCUUCAGGCACCCCAGGCGCUCAGUCUCACUGAGCAUGAGGAAGAGUGGAGUCAUGAAGAAAGGGGGGAUUUUCUCUGCUGAAUUCCUUAAAGUUUUCAUCCCUUCCUUGCUCAUUUCUCACAUGCUGGCUCUUGGCCUCGGAGUGUACAUUGGGAAGAGAAUUGCCACAGCCUCCACCAGCUCCUACUGAAUAUAAAUUUAAGCAGUGCCUGCUUGUUCUUCAAGUCUCUCAACCAGCUUUCAGUAGUCAGGCUCUUUCAGCAUCUGUUGUACACCCUCAUAUCCCCUUAACUCCACUUGAGCUGGUGUCACAUUGUAGAUGUCGUCAUACUCAUUGUGUAGUUGCACUCCAUUAGGUUUUGAUACAGGGGCCAUAUCGCCGGACAUGCAGUCACUUGAAUCUAACCCAGAAAUAUUUGACGGAAAGUUGAUGUUGGGUGGCUUCAAGUCGAAACUUCUUUUGUUGUCCAGAUGUUAGGAUACCACAUAUCUGGCCUUUGUCUUUGCUGCAUCUCUCCUCUGUUUUCUUAAAAGGCAGAGAGUAUAAUCCAGUAGUUCUCGUUACAUCUGCAGUGUAAACUAAUCAAGUAAGUGAGAGAAGGGUGUUUUAUUGCCUCGACUUAUUGAGCUAAGCUUUCGAGGCGAAGUGAUUAUGGAGUUAGGGUGUGGCUGAAUGAAUGCUGCACACUUGGAACUUUUGAAAUUCUGCACAUUUUUCUUGAUAGAAAUUAUAUCAUGUUAUCCGCUGAAGGUUUCCCAUGAAAGGCGUGUUUUUUUGUGUUUUUUUUAAGGUUAGAAAGUUUAAAUCUGGUAUGCAGCUUCAGAAUUUUCACUUUGUGACUUUUAGAGUGUAUAAUGAUAGGUGGACUGAAAGCUGUAGGCAGUAUACCAGGCCAUGUGUGUCAUGUAUCUCUGCCUAAAUAUCUUUUUUAAGGAAAAAAAAACAUAUAAUGUAACAGCAUUAGCAAAGUGCCAAAUUUCUUUCACCACUGCACAUUGGUGAUUUAUCCUAGGCUGUUUUUUGUUUGAGUUUUGUUUUCUCAUAUGUUUUGUUAUUUAAAUAUGUAGAUGUGAACAAUAAUUUAAGCUGUGAUCUGCCCUAUGUACUAGACACCUCUAACAUUGUAUGAUUUGUCCAUUCAUUAAUAAUAAUGCUUAUUAUAUCUGAUGCAUUGUGGCAGUGUUAGUAUCGUGUUUUGCUGUUGCUCAUUUACUUAAGCUCCAGUGACUGAAACCAGGACCACAGAGGAGGGACCGCUCUUAGGAGUGUCAUCUGACUUUAAUGUAGGCUUCACCGUACCAUAAUUUCACAAUAUUAUACAAUAAUAUGUACAGUGUCUCUUGAACAUCCAGUGAGGCAAUAGAAAACUCUCUUGAGGAAAAUGUGUACGUUUCUGUACAUUUAUCUCCCUUGCAUGGUAUUUCGGAAAGUCUUUGUAAAUGGAUUAGUUUAUAAUACAAUUAUACAAUAACUGCAGUACAUCACUUAUUUAGACUUUGUGCGUGACUCAAUUUACUAUUGAUAAUUGGUCCUAGCAGACUACUCUCAUAAUUAAUUACUGUGCAAUACACAGUACGGUAUUUUAUUUGAUAGAAAUAAAGUUUGUGCUGUAUGUAGUGGGUCAUGUAUAAACUAAAAAAGGACAAAGUAAAGCUACUUUUUCAUUCAUUAUUCUUAAGAGGUCCAUAUGCACCUCUGUUUUGGUAGCAGCAGUGAGCUUUGUAAAAUUUGGAUUAUACUAAAAACAGAUUAAGAUAAGAAUACAUUAAUUGAGAAGCAGUUUCAUGUUUUAACAAAAAAAGAGCACAACAAAAGGAAGACAGAAUGUGGUUGCUGUAAAUCCCACUAAGGCACAACACUUCUGUAACAACCAGCUAUGUGGACACAUUCAAAAACAAAGUUAAAACGUAUUUAAAUCAGCUUACUUCAUCAUGUGAAAGAUCAUUAAAAUAAUUUAAACUCCUUUGUUUCCUUUAAAUUCAUUAAACAAGUUUUCUAAGGAAAAUCCUCAUGGAUUUGGACAUAUUUAGAGUUAGAGUACAUUUUUAAAGCCUGCUUGGUCAUUCAAUAAAAAAAAAAAACUCAAAUACGGCAUUCUGCUAAAGAUAAAAGGACAAGAAAAGAAAAAAAGACAAGAAAAGCUGUGAAAGCUGCAUCUGCAGAAUAUGACAAAAUCAAUGAUUUUUUCAAAUUGCUUUUUGCUGAGUUGUCAGAUAAAUCGAUUGCUUAGACACGGUUGUCA